UCUUAGUUAGCAGUCACUGUGACCCCUAGCCUAGGGACAGGGACUAAAUACUGACCACCUCCCCCAAUCCUAGACUUUAGACCCUUGCCCUGUGCACAGGGACUGGACUCCAGCCCAACUUGUUCCCCCCACACAGACUUUGCUCUCCUCCUCCCCACCUCCCCCUCCUCCCUGUACACUUCCCGCACUCUAAUCCCUCUCACACAGCAAGAUGCUCCUCUCUCUUCUCCUCGCUCUCUCUCUCUGUCUGGGGGUCUCCUGGGGCCAACAGCCGAGUCCGCCAACCCCCAGUAUUACCAGGCCCGUGUUCCUGUGCGGAGGAGAACUCACAGGGGAUUCUGGGUAUGUGGCCAGCGAGGGCUUCCCGAGUCACUACCCUCACAACAAGAAGUGCACCUGGAAGAUCACGGUUCCAGAUGGUAACAUUGUGAUCCUGUCAUUCCGACUUCUGGACAUGGAGGCGGACCCCAGCUGUCGGUACGAUUACCUUAACAUCUACAACGGGCACAGCGAGAGUUCCCAGAGGCUGGCGCGGGUCUGCGGAACCUUCCGACCCGGCACCAUCAUGUCUACCGGACCUCAGAUGAUGCUGGAGAUGGGAUCGGACGAGGAGACCGGAGGGCGCGGCUUCAUAGCCUGGUACUCAGCAGGAGCGCCAGCGCUUAACGAGAAUCUCUUCUGUGGAGGGAAGAUGGAGAAGCCUCAGGGAAGUAUAACGAGCCCAAACUGGCCCAAAUCGAAUUACCCCAGUGGUAUCACCUGCUCCUGGCAUAUCGUCGCCCCAAAAGACCAGGUGAUUGAGCUAGUAUUUGGAAAGUUUGACGUCGAAGAGGACAGUUACUGCCGCUACGAUUACCUGGCCGUGUUCAACGGAGGACAGAUGGACAACAACCAUCAAAUCGGAAAAUACUGUGGAGACACCCCACCAAAGACGGUCUACUCGGAAGGCAAUGAGAUGCUGGUGCAGUUCAUAUCUGACCUCAGUGUGACGGCGGGGGGAUUUGAUGUCACCUACAGAAUGAAGGAUGCGUCCGAAAUCCCGAAGGUGGACCCCGAAUCAAAAACCAAAGCAACCAGCGUGGGCACGGCGAGCCGCCCAGAUGGAAUCAAACCGCCAGCUAAACCCAAAGCGACCCCCAAAGCUACACUCAAGCCCACUCCGAGACCAACCGUACCCAAGCCCAGCUCAAAGCCGGCCACGGCUAAGCCCACCCCAAAACCAACCACGCCCAAGCCCACCCAAAAACCCAGACCCACCAAGGCUGACAAACUGGCCACCACUGCCAAACCCAAACGCAACAAUCUGCCAGCUCCUGCAGGUUCACCUGCCAAGUGCCCAGAGAAGUGCCGGAAGACGGGAACUUUGGGAGCCCACUACUGCGCCAACCAGUUCGUGCUGACCGGCACGGUGAAGACUCUGACCAAAGGAGAAGUGGCGGGCACUCUGCUCGCCAGCAUCAACAUCAUCCAAACCUACAAGACGGAAGGUCUGACCAUUCAAGAGGCCGAAAAGACCACGAGCGUCCAGAUAGUCAACGAGUGCCCCCGAUGCCCUAUACUAAAGAAAGGUGCCAGUUAUCUCUUCAUGGGAUUGGUGGACGGCGAAGGACGCGGCAGAAUUGUGGGUGACAGUUUCGUCAUCGCCUACAGAGCCCCGCAGCACCAGAUCCUCACCAACGUCGCCAAGAAGCCCUGCUCCUGAGCUGCCACUGCGUCGCCAUGGUAGCCACCUUUAGAGGACAGCGACAUUUCCAGCGAUGGCUGCCACGUUGCUAUGGCAACGCACUGAGGGAUGAAUGCAGAGUCAAUGCCAUUGCAGUGGUUGCCAUGGUGACCUCCCUAGUAACAGCUUUUAUGUGACGCCCCUAGCAAUAAACGGAACGACACCAUGGAGCCUUAGCCGCUACCUUGUUGCCAUAGCAACAGCCCCAGUUCUGCCCGCCAGGUCACUGUAUUGACAUUCCUAUCGCCAUAGUGACUGGUUUUGUGAUUGCUUAGCGGUUGUCCUGCUUUUCCCUCAUUCGUCCUGCGUCUCCGUCCGAUUAUUAUGACACUAUUUCCUCCCCCAGGAAAAUUAUAACCAAAUCCGCUAUAGAUAUCAUUUACUGCCAGUAUACCCCACCAACAAAAUGGCGCCCCAACCAAGAUGGCCGCCCAUGUGGGCCUUCCCAACCCACCAAUCUGUAUCCUGUGAUGUCAAUAAACAGAAUAUUUGUGUCCCCGG